AUGCAAUCGCGCGUUAAGCUUACGCUAGUGGUAGUUGUCCUCUGGACACACGUUCUACUACUGCACUCCGGCGCACACGCAUCGACCGACUCCGGUUUGCCCGAUUUCGAGCUAGACGACGGUAAAGAUGAUGCGGACGAUGAGUACUACUACGUGAACGAUGGUAGCGAUCAGCAGAUGCAACCUUCGCACAAAAUUAUCAGCUACGCCAAACCACCGGCAACGGGCGACAGCCCAGUGCCCGUGCAGGUCGAUGCAUCCGAACCAUUUCUGAUGGAGGACGACGAUACCAGCUUCGAGGUGAUGGACGAUGUGGACUUUGUCGAGCAGGGCACGAUGGACUUCCAGCGAAAGGCGGAGCGUAUGAAGCGGAUCAUGCUGAAAGCGUUCGCCAACCGAGAGUUCCAGCGAAAGUUUGGUGAGGUGCUGCCAUUGCUGAAGGUGAUGUCGAAAACACAAAAGUCUACACUGGCAGCACUGAUCACGGCGCAGGUGAAUUCACGGGAAGGACACACGCUAUCGUUAGAGCAGGUCAAAUCGAUGUUCGGCAACCGGCCGGAGCUGAUUCUACCGCUCGUCUACGACAUUGCGAACAUGAUCCGUACCGUGGCGCAAAAGGAGAGUUUGCUGCACGAGCAACAACAGCAACGUGAGCGGCUAGAGGAGGUCGAUAAGGCAUUGGUCGAAGAUCAAGGCGUUCUGUCGAACCAUUUGCUGCGAAGGAGCUUUAGCAUUCGCUCCGAACCGCACGGGUUUCGCAUGAAGGAUGUGCCCGCGAUUGCUUCCGACCUUAAGGAUGAUCGGCUGAUGGUGGACGAACAGGAUGCAGCUAAAGUUCGCACGGUUUCAACGGACAGUAGUGCCGGAGAAGAGGCAGGACGAUCCGCCCGGAACGAACCUCUGCCAUUCUUCGAGAAGCUCGUACAAGCGUUGCCUCGCUUCAACGUACAACAGACACACGACAAACCGGACGAUCGGAUGACGUACCACGAGCGAAAGCUUAACAUGACCGCGUUCAACGCCACCGGUGCCCAGCGAGAUCAGCUAGCGAUGGCGUCCGAUGGUCCCAUCCCAGUCACCCUGCCGAAAGUUUCGCCCAAACAGUCGUCCGGGUCAGUAGGAAUAAAUGCGAUUACCAGCACACCGACCACUACUCGCCCCCCAGAGGUCAUCACCACCGUCACCGAGCACAGGCUCACUCUGGAGGAGAUCGAAGAUCUUGCCUUCGCCGGACUUAAUGGAACGGAAGUGGACGCGUACGGUACGGCGUCCGGUGCGACCACGACCGGGAACGGAACGUCCACCAGCGGGAGCCCAGUAGCGGAGAAGCUCGUCGGUGGCCGUCAGCGACCUCAGGGACUCCACACGCUACAACCGAGCGAAAAGUGCGAAUACUUCUCGGGCGGUGUUUGUAUCCGGGUCGACAACUAUCCCACUUCCGAGAUCUUGUACAGUAUUACACGCCACCGGCAUGCCAUUGGUGCCCUGCUGGCCGAGUACAUUGACAAGGCGAACGCCCAGGACCGCACCGUCUACGAGCCGGACGAGAUUGCCCAGGGAAUCAACACCAAGCUCAGAAAGCGAGAGGAUGACCCAUCCAAGUCCGGUGGCAGUAUGUGCCCCAGCAUCAUCCGGUACGCCCGACCGCAGAAGGCACGUUCGGCGACCGGUGAGUGGAAGUACAUCGUCAAUACGGGCGAACACACGCAGACGCUUCGAUUGGAAAAGUGCAGUACACCGCAAGACUCGUGCACCUAUCUGACGGACAACUUCCGGUCGCGUUGCGUGCAGAUCUACAAUUACCAUCGGCUGCUGAGCUGGGACGCUGCCCGUGGGCUCCAUGUGGACAUCUUUAAGGUGCCGACCUGUUGCUCGUGUCACAUCGACGGCUAUCGGGAGACGUUUCCUCCGCUAACAAGCUACAACGAUUUCAAGUCGAAGAUCCACGAGGACCCGAGCGAAUCGGCGUCGACACUGAUCCGCAACACGCACCACUACUCGACGCUCCAGUUCGAUCAAGUCGAUGAGGACGAGUCGGACGAUAACAUCGCGUACCAGUUCUCGAACGGGUUCCAGCGAGUGAAACCACCAAAGUACGAUGGUGGACCGUUGCACCUACCGGCGGUACCGCCACCUCCACCCCCACCACCAGGACCGGGCAAGACCCGGUUCGAUCGUCCACCGAAGCAUCCGGCCAUAUCGAAACCGAAGCAUCCGCACUUUAUCGCACCACCGACGCUCGACACAUAUCUGAGCCCACCGCCGAACGAUCUCGCCUACGGCAUACCCUUCAAACGAGGUCCACACUACACCACGGAGAAUGCUUUGAAGCGGGCGGGAAACGUUGGUGGUCCUAACCGGCGACCCCUACGCAAGACGUCCAAUGUACAGCAUGGAGAUCAAAGUAUCGCCGAAACGGACUCCCGGCUCAAUCAGGUUGCCGUGUUGCCGCCGUCCAAGCUAGAUCAAUUGCCCCAAACGCAGGCCCAAAACAUCAUCGAGAAGCAUCGCCGUCGGCAACAUACCACACCACAGCCACCACUCACAACGCUCCAACAGCAGCAGCAAACCCCCGUCAUCUUCCGCAUAUCGCAACACCCGGCAACACCUUCGAUCGCCAUCAACCCAACGGUACCACUGUCCACCAUGCCACAGACACAACCAGUACCGAGCACGGUCAGUACCAGCACGACCACGGUCACGUCGACGAACGGCCAUCAGCGUAUCAACUACAACUACCAUCCAAUAAUCGAUUUCUUCGAGGAGGAGGAAGUGCCGGACGUUACGCAGGAACAGAUAGACCGCAUCGGGCUAAACAGUCACACGUCGCUCAACAGCUGGAAGCCGGUAAUUACCGGGAGACCACGGUUUCAUUGA